CCUUGCUGCUCCAGCAGAGCCUGGCGGGUGCCCGGAAGCGGAAGCAUCCAGCUGGGGCAGGUGCGACCAGGCACGUGGUUUCCUUCCCUGCUGCAAGGGCCGCUGGGAGCCCUGGUGUGUCAUUUCCGGCGUAGUCUGUUGGGAGUUGGUGGUGGCAGCAGUGCAGACCCACGCUUAGUCUGUUGAAAACGGAGGGGUCCCGGUUGUGUCACUCUCAACAUUUGAAAUCUCUAGUUGCCAUGGCUUCCCCACUGAAGCUAGAGCAUGACAUACAGGGGAAAGUAGAUGCAUUCCGGGCCCGUAUCGCCCAGGAGGCCGAGGACCUGGUGUCCACCUUCUUCCCUCAGAAGCUGUCAGAGCUGGACGGUCGGGUCCAGGAGCUGCGCCUGCAGGAUCUGUGGAGGAUCCGCUCAGUGCCAGCCCCGGAGCCCCCAGCUGCCCCCGACCCCAACUGCGACUCCGUGGGGGAUGGGCCCGACCGGGAUCCUUCAGCUCUGCAGAGCCAGUCCCCGGGGAAGCUGCCUGCACUCCCCAGUGGCGGUGAGGGACAGCUGCUGCGGAGCAACCAGCAUCUGGUGGAGCUGAUCGAGAGGGUCAAACCGGAGAUCGAGUUGCUGAGAGAGAAAUGCAACACGGUGCGCAUCUGGGUGCAGCUGCUCAUCCCGAAGGUGGAGGACGGCAACAACUUUGGAGUGUCCAUCCAGGAAGACACAGUGGACCAGCUGUGGACGGUGGAAAGCACAGCGGCCUCCUAUCUGCGCCGCUUCUCCACGUACUACAACACCCGGGCCAAGCUGGUGUCCAAGAUAGUGAAGUACCCGCAAGUGGAAGAUUAUCGCCGCACCGUGGUGGAAGUCGAUGAGAACGAGUACCUGAGUGUGCGUCAGAUCCUACUGCAUGUGCGGAACCAGUAUGCCACUUUGCACGAUGUGAUCCUCAAAAACAUCGAGAAGAUCAAGACCCCACGGAGCACCAACACCGACAACUUAUACUGAGAUCCUCUCUCCACCCCACUUCCCUUCUGGGGUAGUUUGAGCUGUGUAGGCGGCUUCAGAGCUGGUUGUUAACCACAGGUGAUGGAACGACCAGUAGUGUGCAUUCCCUCUAGUUAGAUUUUCACACAGCGAAUUCUCAUACUGAUCCUCUUUGAGUGUAACUUUUUCCUCUUGGAAGGAGAAUGGGGACAGACCAUCUGUAGAAUGUGGUAAGGUGGGACAAGGAGAAAGGACUACCGUUUUCUAAAGCAGGUUUGAGGAUUAGUGUUGGCCAAGUUUCCUUUAUUAUGGCAUUGAUGACAUUCAGUGGUUUGGGUUAACUUGAAAACUAAAGUUUAAAAGAAAGUUGAAUGAUGCUUUUCCUGGUUCUGCUGUAUGUUACUUUGUUCAAUCUCAGAAAGGCUCCUUUGACACUGACAUCUGUAGCUUUGCAAGGGAAAGGAGGUGAAAGUGAUGUGUGUUUAUAUCAUUGUAUGCCUCUAGUUUAGCAGAUUUCUGAAAUAAAACUUGGUUAUAA